AUGCGAGUCGAAGAGAUGCUCAAUGAGAUCCCGAGAUCGAUCUUUCAGCCAGAAGGUAACCUAGUAACCAUCGGGCCCCAGGUUCCUAGCCGAAGGGUGUUGUCCGAAAGGAUGGCCCCGGGCGUUGAGUUGCGGCUCCGCGAUGGACGAUCUAUUGGAAAACAGAGUGACACCCGGAUCGGGCAAAGGGAACAACGGGCGCGAAGCGGUGACAGUUCGUCAAAGCCUAGGUCAGGAAGAAGACUGAUUGGAUUGAACUGGGAAAGAAGGUUCUCUCUAUCCAGGAUCAGUCACAAUUGCUCCUUGUGUGUCAAGGAGAGAAGAAAGCCUAGCCAUUCGCCCUCGUUCAGGCGGUGGAUGCACGUUCUUACAGAGCGCCUACACACAUUAUACGGAAAUGAGAGUAGGGCCAUGCAUUCGAGAGCAGCAAGUCAUUGGCAUGAGUCCGGUAUUGCCUCGUUCGGUACUGCCAGAGAGAAGGGUUUGGUUCGUCCAAGAAACCUCAUAUAUAAGCAAAGCCGAGGACGAAUCUCGUAUGAUAAGAAAGAUCCAGUCGAUAGUGAAUCCAUUCCUCUGUUGGUGCGAGAAAAGAUGGACUCCGGGGAC